UGAUGACGAAUGCUUUUUAUUCAUCAAUUUUUCUAUUGAUUUUAUUCAUUAUUAAUUUAAAAUCAAUUUGUUCAACAGCUACAACAACCAUGUCACCGGAUAUAAUCAAUGAAGCUGAAUGUUUUCAAUUAAGAUAUUUGAAUAAAAAUUCUCAAUAUGAAAAUGAAUAUAGAAAAAAAUGUGGCCAAAUAUUUGUGGAUAAUUUUUGUGAACAUGUUCAAUGUUUAUCCAUUGAAUCAUGUCCAAAUGGUUAUGAAUUGAUUGAAAAUAUUGUUGGUCAUAAAUGUUGUCCAGCUUGUGUUAAAUUAUUAGAUGAAAAUGAUGUAUGUGAACCAGAAUCAAUGUCAAUGGAUGAUAGAAUUGAACGUUGUAAAAAUGGUAUGAUUUGUGAUCAUAUGAUAAAACGUUGUCGAUUACCAGAUUUAGAACAGAUGUUAUCAUCAACAAAACCAUGUUUACGUGAAUAUCAUAAUCGUUGGUCAGUAAGACAGAAUAAAAUGUUCUACAUAAUGAGUGCAAAUAAUGCUAUUAAAUCAUUAUUUCCGAUACCAUAUGCACAUGAACAAUUUUUACCACAUUGUACAUUUGAUGGUACUUAUGCACCGAAACAACCAAGUAGAAACAAAGCUUAUUGUGUGAAUCCAAAUGAUGGUAAACCAACAUUUGGCAUUAUUGAUAGCCACCGUAGCGUGAAUCAAACAUGUAAAUGUUCACAAACAAUGCAAGAUAAAUUAGCAUUGGCCAUUGAUCGUUUAGAUCCAUCGAAUAAACAUAAUGCACAAUUGGAUAAAGUGAUAACAGUAUUCAAUUCGGAUACACAUAUGAAAUGUAAAUUUUCAGGAAAUUUUCAAGAAGUUCAAUGUAUGAAUGAAACUUGUUUGUGUGUGAAUGAAAAAACCGGUAAACCAAUAUUGGAUCCAAAAGAAAUUAUUAAUAAUGAUUGGGCAAGAAAUAAUGCAAAAACCUUAUAUCAACCAUUGAAACCAGAAUAUGUAAGAUGGCAAUCAGCUGUUGUUUAUGGUGCACUCAACAGAUUGGUAUGCUUUGAUGAAGAAACACAGAAAAAAAAAUUAGUGGACAAACCGAUUGAAAAAAGUUAUGAAGAAGAAUGUUUUAUCGAAGUACAUCGUUCAAGUAAAAUGGUUUAUCAUUUUGCCAAAAAAGGAACAACAUUAGAAGGAUUAACGAAUACAAAAUGUGGUUUUGAUGAUAAUUUUUAUCGUGUACAAUGUCCAGAUGCUGCUUGUACUUGUCAUGAUCCGGAUGGCAAUCCAAUUACACCAUAUAGAGCUGAUUCAAAAUUAUCACAAGAAAUUGAUUGUCGUUGUGCGUUAGAAGAAUAUCUUUCAAAAAAUGGUAUAUUACCAGUAGGAAUAUUACGCUGUAAUGGUUUAGGAAAUUUCAAACCAAUCCAAUGUAGUUCAAAUGAACAAAUAUGUUAUUGUGUUGAUGAUAAUGGUGCAAGAAUUAGUGAACGUUUUUUGAUGGAAAAAAUUCAGGAUUUUAAAUUGAAAACAUCGGGAAAUUAUUUUGUUGAAGAUCUUUGCCAGAUUAUGCGCAAUACAUUAAGUUUGACCAAUAAUCAAUUGAUUCAUGGUGAUAAACAUUUUUGUUAUAAUCCAUUACGAAAAUCAUUCGAAUUAUGUGAUGAACCAACAGAGGAUCAUAUUUUUAAGAAUUAAAAAAUUUAAUUUUAUUAAAAUUCAAAAGAUGGCACUAUCAUCGUUUGUUGA